CACUGGAGACCUCUCGUCUCCCCACUCCCAUCCCCCCACUCCCAUCUCCACAGUCGCACAUGCUUCACGCUCCACAGCACAAGUUCAGCAAGCCUGGGCACCAUGACGGUCACGCGCGAGCAUUCGACUGCACGUCACGAGAAAAGACUAGAUCUCCAGUGCGGUGUCUGCCACAAAUGCUUCUCGCGGCCUGAACACCUCUCAAGACAUGUUCGCGUACACAAUGGCUCGAAGCCAUACGGCUGCUCUCACACUAACUGCACGAAACGCUUCAACCGCCAAGACUCGCUUGCCCGUCAUGCGAAGGUCCACCUCCACAAUGAUGGCGGCGUGAAAACGCCUACAGUGCCUGCCACAGCAGCCUUCGAUGGCUUUGCCGACAUGGAGAUCAUUGACCCUCUGUCAAACGCUCGCGAAAGUGCCAACAUUGAUGAAUUCGACGACUCUGGGCUAGGUUCGUCUAUUCCCCUUACGCCUGGCUCCGGCAACCCCAAUCUAGGAUGCAAUAUGCCCCAACUCGAGACUCUAUGGCCGGCAUCAGAUGAGCUGUACGCUCUGCUCACAACCCACCCGUCACCGUGGGAUCUGCCUUCUCUUCCACCCUUGGAUCUUUCGUUCAUUGACCUCCCAUCUGCGGAACAGCAGGUCACAACCGAGCAGCCACCCCGGUCAUCGGGUCGAGCUCGUCAGGCCAUGCAGCACCUCGACAACCUCAUUAAAGACCUGUCGUUCAGUCUAUCAAGGGAAGUGGAGCGACUUGGCGUGGUUGGUGACUUCCUUGACAUGUGCAUGAAUAUGUUUCAUAGUCGCUUUCUCGCAGUCUUUCCCGUAGUUCACCAGCCGACCUUCUCUGUCAAAGACUGUACGCCGCCGCUCCUACUGAAUAUGAUCGCUUUAGGAUCGCUCUUUGUCGCAACGGAUGGCGCUAUUACCAGAGGCGAGAGCCUCUGGAAGUUGGCACACACUGCUGUUGCUACUUCCUGGCACUCCAUGCUGCAAUAUCAAGGGCCAGAGGAUGCUAUGCCGGGCGUGCAACUCAUCCUGACCGCGUUCCUAGGCCAGGCGUAUGCCUUGCUUUCCCGCAACCGCUCAAUACGCUUGACCUCCCAUGUCUUUCAUGGCUUGGGAUUUUACUGGGCCAGGUUGUCGAGACUGCCGUGCGAUAUGCCAUCACCACAGCUACCCUCUCUCGGUAAUGAUGCUGAGACUCGGACAACGCAGUGGAAAGCUUGGGCUGCAUGGGAAACGUGCAACCGGGCUUUGCUCGGCCACUACAUCCUUGACGGCUUGAUCUCCGGUAUGUCUGGGCUUCCCGGUAGCGUACGACAUACCACCAACAGGAUGCGCCUGCCGUCCAGUGAGCAAAGCUGGGAAGCUGACAGCGCUGACAUAUGGAUUGCUGCAAUGUCGGAGGAAGAUGCAGUACCUGCUCUUACAUUCCGCGAGCUUCUCAACGAGAUCUUCGAUAUCCGCACGCCUCUUACGUGCAAGCCUGCCUCCCACAUGUGUAUACCGGCUUUGCUGGAGGCACUGCAGUCGUUGGUAUCCGAUUCGCAUGAGGCAGGUGGAGAGUCUGUGGCUUUGCCGCCAAAGUCUGCGGUGUCACACGCUCUCUGGCGUGUGUACGAUCAAUACAUCAACUCAUCCCCGCACCUGCCAGCAUUUGCCCGAACUGAUCUCACCAUACGGUGGCAUACGAUCUGCAUUGGUGUCAUUGUGCCACUGUCAUUACUCAUAGGUGGUCUCUGCAACAAGCUCAAUGUCAAUCAAGACCUUUUCCCAAAUGCCGGUCGAGCUGCGGACGCAUCGCUGGAGCGCGAUACCGCCCCUGCACGGCAAGCUAUCCUUCAUGCCGUCGCAAUAGCCGACCUGGUACAGAAUGUGCCGUUUGCUAAGCUUCAAGCACUCCACCUGCCAUUGGCCCUGCUCACGGCCGAGGCAGUCCUGCUCACCAUCAUCGCAGGUGCCGGCUCGCACAAAGUCACUCUGCCGGCUUCGAUAUGCUGGCGAACCGUCUGUCUGCAUGACGAGCAGGUCGCGACGACUGAGCCGAGCACGCAAGCGACCCACGCGUAUCUCUCAGCCGGCAUGCUUCGGGCCGGUACACCGGCAGCUCCCCGAAGCCUCACACAGGACGUGUUCACGCUUCACCACGUCCUCGAGUCGUUGGCUCUAUCGUGGGGCAUCGCCAAGGACAUGUGCCUGCUCCUUCGGCGCAUCAUCGCGGUAGUCACUAGCUGACGACAGCAGCACGUAGCCGACGACAGCAGCACGUAGCCGACGACAGCAGCACGUAGCCGUCAUUCUCCACCCCGAUCAUACUCCCGACAGGAAGGCACUUCGGAAGUUCCCUCUUCACCACCACCCGCGAACGGAGAUGGUAGCCUACUGUACUAUCGAUCAGUGGCUCGACUCGAUCUGUCCGUGAUACGCUGUAAAGCGAAGACGAGCGUUGGAAGGUUUGUAAAGGAGAAAGCGUAAUCCAGUCCGACCUGCAAUGUUGUUGGCAGCUAGAUUCAAAAAGACG